UGCCCCAACGAAGUCCUGUUGGCAAUGGUUAUUUGUUCAUUGUGUUAUUAAUAAUAAUAUUCUUUUACUGGAUGCCAAUUUUUUGGCGUAAUUCUAUAAUAUAUCUUCAUGAACUCCAAUACAUUGACAUCAACGGGGAAUCAUUCCUUUACAUCUAUUAAUUUUACAACAACAAUAAACUGUACUGCUAUUCAUACAACGACUAUAACAACAACGAAAACAAAUGUCACUAAUAUUCCUACAGCCAUUACCAAUACUUCUUCGUCUACCACCACUACUACUAGUAUUAAUAAUAAUAAUAAUGCAACAACGAAUACAAUUUUGAGCAAAUUAACUGAUCGUGCCACUUAUUUCGCUGUUGUUUCUGAUACUUGUGCAUUCAAUCGUAAUUUAUGCAAAACUCGUUAUUCUCGAUUACCAUUUUUGGAUUUAGCAACUCAUAUAUCUCAACGACCAGCUCCAUGGUUAUAUCAUACAAACAGGGAAUAUUUAAGAGAAUCACCAUCCAAAGAUCCACAUGUUUACUUACGUUUUCCUCGUUAUCGUUGGCAUUUGGACUACCAGUCACCCCAUAAGAAGCGUAAGACAGCUAAUCAAAAACUUUGGUGUACGUUACAGAAUGGAUUGAAAGCUCUGGGAGUCUCGUCUGACUUAGUUCCUGUUGUUACAAGAAAAGCUUAUGCUAUAGCUGGUCUCUCAAUACCAUCAAGUUUAGCUAACUACUUGGAUGUUCUAAAUCCUCGAGUGUCUGUCAGUCAUACAACAGGAAAUAAUGCUAAUAAUAAUAGUAGUAACUUAACUAUUUCUACCGGUACAACUAACCGAUUACAGCACUCAGGUUUUGUUGGAACAAAUGAUUCCAACGUCCACUCGAGUUCGUUCCAACGAAAAAUACUUUAUGACAAUCAUGGUGAUUAUUCUCAUGAUCCAAUGAUCAACUCAGCAAUAAUAACAUCCAUGUUACACGAUGAUGAAGAACAUGAUUAUAUUGUUAGUGAUCGAAGUCAGGAUAGUGUAUGCUUUUUAAAUGGUCGAAUUGGAGGAUCGGCGUCGAAUACUCCAGGCUUUUUUGGUGGCAUCACUGGUGAUGAUAGUACACAAUCGUUUGAUGGAAUGUUGACAAUGACUAAACGUACGAACAAAAAUAAUAGGACAACUUCUGAUAAUGUCAAUAUAUCCGACCGUAGAGAUUUACAAGAUGAUUGUCAGGAUACACAGCAUAGCAAUAGUAAUCAUAUAAUGUCAAAUAAAUCAGAUUAUACUAAAACCUACGAUUUAGUUAAUGUAUCUGAAGAUGAUGAUAAUCAAAACCGGGACUAUGACGUAGAGGAUUAUGAUGGCGAGUUGGAAGAAGACAUGGAUGACGAUGACGUUGGCAGUGAUGCAGAUUGGUUUGCUGGACGACGACGCGGGACGGGAGGAGGUGGGAAUUUAGGUAAUAACGGUUCUGGUGGAGGUAAUAAUGGUCUCGUUAUGAGUGGCGACGGAAGAAGAGGCAAAACACGACCUGUAUAUUCAUUGAAAGUGACAAAAUAUAAUCGAAAAAUCGUCAAUCAGAAAGUUAAUCGUUCGUCCCAAAAUUUCCCUGCACUCAGUAGUCGCUUAGGAGGUAGAAGAUUUACGAAACGUCACCUUGGCCGUCCAUUUUCAGGUCGACUUCAAGCAAACGAUUCACGUAUGGAUGAUCUAUCUUAUACCUAUGCUAAAUCUAGUCCUUCUGUUGGACGUCGUGGUAGUCGGGCUAUUUCUCGUCUUGGUACUAGACAUAUGAGUGAUAGUUGGAAAGGGCUUCAACGUUAUGGAAUUGUUAGAGACAAGCUAAACGAAUGCAACGAUUCUUGGGAUGUCGAUAAUGAACCCGGUUUCCAGUUGAACGCUACUCCUAUUACACCUACAAUGAAUGAGAAACACGAAGGGAAAUUACUCGGAAAUUGUAAUACAUUAAACGAUCGGUUGAAUACGUCGAAUUUAUUUUCAUCAUCGUCUCAUCCGUCGACGUCAUCAAACUCUUUAUAUCUUCAUUCUUCGUUAGUAAACAAUGAUAGAUCUUUGUCAGCUAUAUAUGAGUCAUCCAUACAAAAUCAAUUCAGCUCUGACCGUAGUUCACCUUUAUUAUCUCAGUCGAAAUUUGUUCGUUCGUCAGCUACACCAGCGAAUUGGUCUCAUUUAAUGAAUGUAAAUCAGUCAAAUGUUGGGACACAGUUAUCAACUACAGUCAAUAUGUCCAUUUCAUCAAUGUCAUCUUCAUGUAUAGUUUCAUCAUCAUCUCCAAUGGAUUCGUGUCGAAUAUCAGAACAGCCCAACAACUUAUCGUUACCUCGUCGUUACGAUUCAAAUGAUUAUGUUAUGCAUAUAGAGGAGUUGUCGAAAAAUCAUGAAAGUAGUCCACAAAUGUUUUCAUCUGGUCGUCGUCCUAAUACAUCUAGACUGUCGAACUGUAGUGAUACAAUGAAUCGUUAUAAUCCUCUGUCAGUACCUUCAGUUAGUUUUCAUAACACUCCAUCAAUAAAUAAUACAGUUGGUUCAAUGGUCAACCCAGUUUUCAGUAAUAUCGAUCAGCCAAAUAAUAAUACUAAUAAUAGUCCCAUAAAUACGUCCAAUGUUAGUGAUGUAAUGCGAAUAGUCGAUAUUUCUAAUACUGAUAAAUCCAAUAAUGGACGAGUGGUUGGUGAUUUGCAAACAUUUGUUAACCCUCAAACAGCUACUACGACUGUAACUUUCUUUGUAUGUGAAGUAUGCUCGUCACGCUAUCGAUCUACUGCAGGACUUCGUUAUCAUUACCAUAGUCAACAUUCAGGUUAUACACCACAAAACCCUAUAUCUGCUUCAGCAUCAAGACUUGUUGUACCGGUUGGUGAAGAAAGAGGUAUUGGUGGAGGACUUCGUGGCGGACGACCUAGAAGACAUCGAGGUUCGACUGCUUCGUCGAAAUCACGUGAUAAAUUAGUGAACUCCCACUAUCCUAACGAAUAUCAAAUCUCUUCUGAACAAGAUGACAGAUCCAACAGUAUCUUAUCGUCACAAUACUCCAAAACUUCAAAUCCUUAUUCACCAUCAUCUCAAAAUAACAAACGCGGACAUAAUAAUAUAAAUCGUAUAGAUUGUAAAACAAUCGACUCUAGAUCAAUUGUAGAGCCAAAGUUAAUCGAUCUAAUUGCAAGUCAAACGGUUCCAUUGAAAUAUCAAGAGAAAGUUCACGUUAAUCAUUUCAAUUCCAUAGAAUCCGAUAAUGAUAAUAGCGAAUUAUUGAUGAAUAAUAAUAAUAAGGAUAAUAAUAAUAACAGUUUACUAACCUCUGUGGAAAUGAAAAAGUUGCCUUCCAUGGAUAAUCAUACUAGUGGCUCAGAACGUUUAUCACAGUGUUCUAUGCCUUCAUCAUGUUCAUCAGCAAUAACACCUGGUAAAUUUGUAGAUUCUACAGAUUCAGUAGUUGUCGUCAGUGAUUCAUCACCAUCGUCAAGAUUUCAAAUGACUGAUUACACUAACUAUAACAAUACUACUAUCAAUAGUAGUAAUAAUUUACCCCAUACAAAUAUUCAUUCUGUACAACGCCACAACACUUUACAAUCAUCAUCAUUCAAUUCUCCAAUUUCACAUCUGGGAAAUAGUGUGAUUGGUAAUAAAAUCCAUUCACAUAUUCCCUAUUCUCAUCCUCAUCAUCACCAUCCUUAUUUGUCAUCACAACAGCUACAAUCAUCUCCACAAAACAAUUGGAAUUCUCCGAAUACAAUAUUUAAUCAAAUGCCCUAUGGUUCCUCAAGUGUUCCCAGUAGUCAUACUUCUUUUCCUCGGCUGCCACCACCACAACAGUCCCCAGCGACAAUGAAUCAUGUAGGACCACAGCAACGACGUUAUGAAAGACAACACUGUCCAGAUCGACUUGGUCUUACAUGUCCAUCUAUUAAUUCGUCCACAUCUUCACGAUUAUUGUCGACGUCAACAUCAUCCAUGCCUAUAUGUGAUUACUGUCUAGGUGAUGAUAAUAUAAAUCCACGUAUUGGUCAUCCAGAAGGUAUGUUACAAUGUUCUCGAUGUGGGCAUAGUGCACAUUAUACGUGCCUACGUCUACCUCCGCAUGUAAUUGAUGCUGCAAUGCGCUAUCCAUGGCAGUGUAUUGAGUGUAAAACAUGUUGGUUAUGUGGUCAAGAUGAUCAUGAGGAUCGAAUGAUUUUUUGUUGGGAUUGUGAUCGUGUAUUUCAUGCACUUUGUAUCCCAACUCGAUUACCUCGUACCCUUGAUGCCCAUUGGACCUGUGAUAUUUGUUUGCAUGAAAUAUAUAAUAAUAAUAACAACAAUAAUAGAUCUAUAUUUGAUCAACAUACACAUACUAAUUCUGGUUAUGAAAUUUAUGCAAAUAAUACUUGUAAUACUAAUAUUAGUAGUAAUAAUACUAAUACUACUACUACUACUGAUAAUAAUAAUAGUAAUAAUGACAGGAAUAGUAACAAUAAUGAUGAUAAUAAAAAUUUUCAUCAAAUGAUGAAUACUGGCAAUGGUUAUUUUACUCAUAAUGUACAGCAUCAUACACAAAAUACAGCUCGUUCAUAAUGAUUCAUAUAUUCUCUUUUAAAUUUUAAUAUUGUCCUGUACAAUUGCUCAUUUCUAAUUUUAAUUAAUUAAUUAUAAAAAUAAAGAAAAGAGAAUACAUGAAUAAUGAUUUUUAUUUUUGUUCUUUUUUCUCUUCAUUUUGUUUCAAAAAAAUUUUUUUAUUUAUUUUAACUUGGUUUAUUGUUUUAUUCUUUGUUGUGCUCCUUUUUUCUUUGUGUUUUCUCCCUCCCUCCCUCCCUUCGUCUCAUUAUCAUUGAUCAAUAUUUACUGUUAUUUAUAUUGUGUAUAUCAGCUUUAAUGUUUUUUGCAGUAAUAUAUAUCUAUGUAAAUGUAUAUUGAACAAAUGUGAAAUUCUGUUUAUCUAUGCAUUUCAUACAUGUGCAUUAUUGUAAUUUGUUUAUCAAUAUGGUUUAUAAGAAGAGAAAUCAAGUGUUUCAUUUACUUAGUUACAAUAGGCUCUACUUGGA